CCGGCUGCCGCUGCCAGUGUCUCCGCCGCCGCCGUCGCCGCCGAACCGCCGCUCGCAGCGCCCGGGGUCCGACCCGCCGCCUGGGGCAGGGGCCCGCCCCGGCCCGCCGCCCUCCGCCGCCCGUCCGCCUCGGGAAGCAGGCAGAGCGGCCCCUCGAGCCCCAGUAGGUCCCAGAGGGUGAGGAGCAGCUGUCAUGAUCUCUACAGCACCUCUCUACAGCGGGGUGCACAACUGGACCAGCACAGAGCGGAUUCGCAUGUGUGGCCUCAACGAGGAGAGGAGAGCCCCCCUUUCUGAUGAGGAGUCUAAAACGAGCAGCUCCCAGCAUUUGGGGUCUCAAGAGUUUUGCGUCAGCAGCAGCCUUUCCGAGGUGGAGCUCACAGCAGUCAGCGGUGGUAGCAGCAGUGCCCAGGGGCUGGAUGCUGAUGGCAAGGUGGAGGAAAAGCUUGGACCCAAACUGGAGGAGCAGCCACCUGGUCCCAACCCAAACCCGGAGAGUGCAGGAAAGACUGUGACAGAUGAUGCCCUGGGCCCUCUGGCAGGUCAGGGGGAUGGCAGAGGGCAGGAGCCAGCAACCCCCAGAGCUGUGGAGGAGGAGAGCAGUGGCGCUGACACUGCCUGGACACCAGCAGAUCCUCCCAGUGACAAGCAGGCUGAUGCUGCCCCAGCCUGCUCCGUGGCUCCAGAGAGCGAGUCUGCUGGGAAGGAGAAAGCCCCCCCGAGCACUGUAGCACAAGGGCCAGGCGUGCUGGCAGAAGGGACGUUGUCCGUGGUUGUCUCCAGCUGCAACACCUCUGCCUCCACUCCUGCCACCUUCACAUUGAACAGGGUGUGCUUUCCCCCGUCUCAGGCCCCUGCUAUGCAAAAGCUGCCCCUGUCCUUCCAGGCUGGUGCGGUGCUAAGCCCAAGCCAGUCUCUGGUGUACAUCCCCCCGCCCAGCUGUGGGCAGCCGCUCAGCGUGGCCACGCUCCCGGCCACCCUGGGGGUCUCCUCCACACUCACCCUCCCUGUGCUGCCUCCCUACCUGCACGAGCGUUGCCUGCCAGGCAUUAUCGCUUCCCCAGAGCUGCGCUCCUACCCCUACACCUUCUCUGUCACCAGGCCCUUGGCUUCGGAUGCCAAAGUGGUGUCUGUGGAGGUGAGUCAGGUCAGCUGCCCUCCACCCUCAGGUGGAAGCGGUGCCCAGGCUGCGGCCGAGAGUGCUCCCCUGUCCAGUGCUGGCCCGGCCCUGCCCUCUGGCCCGGCCCUGCCCUCUGGCCCGGCCCUGCCCUCUGGCCCAGCCCUGCCCUCUGGCCCGGCCCUGCCCUCCAGCCAGGCUCCACCGGCAGCACUGGGUGGGAGUGCCGCUCCCUCCUCCGGCACCACAGCGCAGGCCAGAGCUCCAGCAGCUCCUGAGCCACACGCUCCAGGGGCUGCCACUUCCCUGUCUCCUCUGAAGUCCCCUCCCCAGCUGGAGCGUGAGAUGGUCUCAUCCCCAGAGUAUAGUGAGAUGCCUCUCGAUCUCUCCUCCAAGUCCAACCGCCAGAGACUGCCCCCGCCCAGCCAGCGCAAGACUCCCCCCAUGCCCAUCCUCACCCCUGUGCACACCAGCGGCAAAGCCCUGCUCACUACCGUCCUCUCCAAGUCCCAGCGCGCAGCCCAGGCUGCAGGCAGCAGCGUCACCUCGUGUCUUGGCACCACCCCACCCUUGGUCAUCUUCCCUGAGUUUCUGCGCAACGGCGAGCAGGGCUCCUGGGUGAAGAACACCACGCUUAUCAGCACCAUUCCCGGCACCUACGUCGGCGUCGCCAACCCAGUGCCCGCCUCACUGCUGCUCAGCAAGGACCCCAGCAUGAGCCUCGGCAGGGACCCACGCCACCUGCCCAAGCAGGAGCCCAUCUCCAUCAUCGACCAGGGCGAGCCCCGCAGCACCAGCGUUCCCUGUGGGAAGAAGGCCAACCAGGUCAUCGCAGAAGGACAGCAGGAUCCUGCCAAAAGACUUCAUGGCAGAGUUGCUCCAGGAGCUCCUUUGUGUCAGUCCAAGGACAUCUCCACCUGGAAUCCCGUCCAGGGAAGUGUCUACCCACGAUGCCCUGUCAACGGAAAACCCUCCAAUCCUCAGCUUCUGCCUCUGGGCUGGUCUCCUUACCAUCAAACCCCUCUGCUUUCCAUCGGCAUCUCCACGGCAGGACAGCUGCCCCCAAACCAGAGCAGCCCCUGCAAGCCAACUGGAGCAGGUGAGCUCCCGACAUUCCCGAGUGUGCAGCCCGCAGAGCCCAGCACGGCUGCCCAGAGCCUGCUGGAGGGGCUGCCCCGGCUCUCACCUCAGGAACAGGAAGCUACAGCCAAGAGCAAGAGCUGCCGGGUCUUGCCCAAGCCCUACGAGGAGCCGGCCAACCCAGCCCCGCUGGAGGCAGGUCCAGCUCUUCAGACCAGCGCUUUGGAUGGGAAAGGGGGGACAGGAAAGCUGGACAACGCUCCGAAGAGUCAGGAGUGCACCCAGCCGGAGGCUGGCUCCGGUCAGGAGGGCAACGCACAGACUGACGCUCCCCAGGGGAGCUGUAGCCUCAAACAGUCAGAUGCAAAACCCAAAAACCAAGUGUUAGCGGCAUAUUUGUCGCACGACCUGCCCGUGGCUGGGCAGCAGGGCCUGCGGGUGGUGCCGGAGGUGCCCGCGGAGAGCCAGCGCAAGGAGCCGGGCUGUGAGGGCUCCCAGGAGCCGCCGGCUGUGGAGCCCCUCCCUUGUGUGCGGCAGGUGGAUCUGUGCAGGGUCAAGAAGGAGCGAGUGGAGUGUGACGUGUCCUUUCCGUCUGUGACCUGCCUGCAGGCCGGGGCUGCUCCCCAGGCCUUCACCGAGGCCAAGCUCAAAGGAACGGGACAGAUCAAGCAGGAGGGCAGCACGCGCUGCAAGGCCAAGCGGCAGCACGAUGGGGAUACCAGGCAGAGCCACAAGAGACUGAAGUGCCAAGGCCAGGAUGACGAGGAGUCCCCGAGCAAGUCAGGGAGCCGGAGCGUGCAUGGCCGGAAGUGGCAAAAACACCACGACAAUCCACAUGAGCUCGGCAAGCGGGAAGGCCGAGGCAGCCUGGGCUCCAUCACGGAUCACAACAGCCUCAGGGUAAAGCGCAAGCGCAGGAGGCCAGCGAAGAACGAGUGCCCAUCUCCGGCACACCGAGGGGACGGCCAUGAGGAAGGUUACCUGGAGAAGAAGCCCAAGAACAACUUUCGGGAUUUCAUUCCGGUGGUGCUGAGCAGCCGGACACGCAGUCAGUCAGGAAGCGUCGCUGGCUCUUCUGCUGGUGUGACGGGAGAGUGUGAUGUGACCAGUCAGGAGAUUUUGCCGUUGCUGGAGGAGGAUCAGGAAGAAGAGGAGGAGGAAGAGGAGGAGGAGGAGACAUCCUCAAAACAUCGCAAGCUGCGCAAAUCCCACAGGACAUCCCACUGCCACAGCCGCAGGGACAGGGACAGAUCUGCGUCCGAGAGGAACAGCUGUUACACGAGGAGGACCCGCGAGCUGCCCUGGAGAGCAGAAUCACCCAGGCAGCUGUGGGAACCCAAUGAGGAGGAGGAGGAGGAGGAAGACGGCCACAUCAAAAGGAAGAAAAGGAGACGGCAGAAAAGUCGGAAAUACCAGACAGGGGAAUAUCUGACUGAGCGGGAGGAGGAGCAAGUGGGCUAUCCUCACCGGAGGCGGAAAUCCAAAGGAGAUUUUAGGCACCGGAAGCAGAAGGAGUCUGGGAAGGGUAAAGGCACAGAACUACAGCUGAGGAGCAGGCUGUCCCCAUCCCCCCGGAAAUCUCAAGGACGCACAGACUUUCGGAAUGGCUUCUUCCUGGAGCACUCUGACAGCUCUCCCGUCCAAGAAGAGCUGGAGAAACCAUCAGGAAAACGCAAAUGCAAAACCAAACACCUGGCAGGGAUCUGUGAUGAGGGGAAGGGGAAAGGCUGCUGCAACCAGCUCAAAACAUGCUCUCCGAAGAAGCCCCAGGACUUGUGGACACUUUGUAAGUCCCAUCGGGUCAGCCCAGGGAGCUCCCCAGAAUCGCCCACGGCCCAGAACAUUCCUCCUGGAGCUCGGCGGCUGAUUGUGAACAAGAACGCAGGGGAGACCCUCCUGCAGCGAGCGGCUCGCCUGGGCUACAAGGACGUGGUGCUGUACUGCCUGCAGAAGAAGAGCAGCGACGUGAACCACCGCGACAACGCGGGGUACACGGCCCUGCACGAGGCCUGCGCGCGCGGCUGGAUCGACAUCCUGCACAUCCUGCUGGAGCACGGCGCCAACGUGAACUGCAGCGCCCAGGACGGCACCAGGCCUGUCCAUGAUGCAGUAGCGAAUGACAACCUGGAAACCAUGUGGCUUCUACUUUCCUAUGGUGCUGAUCCCACUCUGGCCACGUACUCUGGGCAGACAGCAGUGAAGUUGGCCACCAGCGAUGUGAUGAAGCGCUUCCUCUGUGAUUACCUGUCGGAUCUCCAGGGCCGCUCCGACGGAGACCCUCAGACAGCCUGGGACUUCUACAGCAGCUCUGUGCUAGAGGGGAAGGACACCAUCGGCUGUGACCUUCUGCUCAACCCUCCGGGGAGUUCAGACCAGGAGGAAGAGGAGCAAGAAGCAGACAACUUCAUGUUUGAGUUCUCAGACAAGCCACUGCUUCCCAGCUACAACCUCCAAGUGUCCGUCUCCCGCGGGCCCUGCAACUGGUUCCUCUUCUCGGACGUGCUCAAGCGGCUGAAGCUGUCCUCACGCAUAUUCCAGGCCCGCUUCCCACACUUGGAGAUCGCCACGCUGCCCCGGGCAGAGUUCCAACGCCAGGUGUCCCUGAGCCAGGUGCUGGCACAGGAGGAGGUGCCGGCGAGCCCCGAGCCAGCGCCGGGCACGGCAGAGACUGUGGAGCUGGUGCACUACGAGCCCGAGCUGCUGCAGCUGCUGGGCUCGGCGGUGGAGUACCAGGCCUGGAGCAGCUGACGGGGACGGGUCGCUCCCGGCAUCACGAGGCAAUAAUAAGGACCAAGGGGAAGCAGCUCUCUUAGCGCCAGCAGCAGGGACCCGAGUCUUUGGGCAGCCACUCCUCCUCUCCUCAGGGUCUCCUGCAGCUGGGGAGGGAGGACCCUCGCCUCCAGGGACUUCCCGGGAUCCCUUGGCCACGAGCAGUGGCGGUCGCUGCCGCUGCCAUCCCAUCCAGCCCCAGUGGGUGAUGGAGCCCCUCCACGGGGCUCACGGGGCAGCGAGGGGUGGUGGGAGCCGCCGCCCCUCCCCACUGGACCCCCAGGAACUGCGCCUCUCCGUUUGCCCUCCCCCUCCCAACGUCUUCCAUAGUAUUUAUUUAAUUAGUAUUUAAUUUGUAAUGUUUUCUUUGUUUUUGCUGAGUCUGUAUCACUGUGAUGGUGAGCUCCGGGCCAGGGGAUCAGGCCGUCCCCCAGCCCUUCUCCAGCGUACCCCGAGGCUGGCCAGGCCCGGAGGGUCCUGGCCCUUGCAGCCUGGGGACAGCCCCUUCCCUUGGCUUUGGAGCUGGCUCCUGCCACCGGCACUUAGCCCCAGCCGGGAGCCAGCCCCACUGCUCCAUCUUCUCCCGGGCUCUUUCCUCCAUCUCAUUUGUGCUGCUGCUCCCUGUCCCAGGCAGCUGCUGCCCGGGCAGGGGCAGCCCACGGCCCCCCAGCACACCCCAAGCUUUGGCAGCUUGUCCCCCUGCCCCAGGGACUGUCUCCACGGCAGAAGCCCCCUCCUUGCCCCACUCCCCACCGGUGUCCCCGGGAGCAUCUCUCCGGGAGGGAGCGGGCAUGGGCAGGCUGCUCCGCUCCGGGGCCGGUACAGUUUUAUUGUACAGGUGCUAACAGGACUGAGGACGGGACAAUCGGGGGAUUUCCGGCUCUCCCCGCUCCCCAGCGGGAGCCUUGGGUGGGGUUUUUUUGUUGGUUCGUUUUUUUCUUUGUGUUGUGUUUCUCCCCAGCCAGGGCAGGCGUGUCCCCCCCUUGGACCCUCACUGCCAGCCUCCCCCUGGGGGCCCGGCAGCACCUUCUUUAAGCCGAGGGUUUUUUGCCUUUGGGUGUGUAUUCUGGUUGCUCUUUCUGAUUUCUGUUUUAUUAUAUGCAGCAACAGGCUGUGGUGUCAAAAACACUGAUGUACAGAAAAAACCUGCAUCAGG